UGAGGGGUGUCUGAGGGUGACGAUAGGGAAUGAGUAUCUGAGAGGAGUGAGGGCUGUCUGAGGGUGACGAUAGGGAAUGAGUGAGAGUAGGAGAGUGAGGGGUGUCUGAGGGUGAUGAUAGGGAAUGAGUAUCUGAGAGUAGGAGAGGAGUGAGGGCUGUCUGAGGGAGUUGUGGGUGAGGAAGGGGAAGGGAGGGAUGAUGGUUGGGGAGGUAAGUGAGGAGUAUCUAAGGUGUGUGAGGUUUAUUUGAAGGUAGGUGGGACAUGCCCGUGUGUGGGUCAGUUGAGUGAGAGUGGCUGAGGUGACCGAGAUGAGUGAGGGAUGUCUGGACGGGUGAGUGAAGAUGAACGUUGAUGGGUUCUCGAGUGAGGGAGAUCUCGGGUAGGUGAGGAUAGUAAGGGGCUUGGAUGUGGGACUGUUGAGAUAAGUAAAGGGGCUGCCAAGAAGAGAGAUGAGUGUCUUGGAAGGGUCGAGGGUGAUAGAGGGAUGAGGUUCUGGAGUUGGUUGGUGAUGAGAGUCAAAGGGAGGUAGAGAGAGUAAAACAGCCCUAGCAUAUUGAAAGUGGUCAGGGAGAGUAGGGAGGUUUAGGAUGGUUUGGCAAGUGAAAAUGAUAUGGGGAGAGAAAGGGAGCAUGGAGGGUGGGGGGGGGGGGGGAAGACACCUGUUCAUGUAAUCUGGAAAGUGUGACGAGAUAAUAUUGCAAACCUAUUUUGUCCAUGAACACCAAAUGAAAAAGUGACCAAUUGUGAAGAACUGUAAUCUUGUGCACAUAAUGGGAAGCAAGAGGUGUUACAUCUACUAUGCUACAGGACUUUGUUCAAAUUGUAUUCUGAAGCUGAUACUGUGGUGAUGUAUGAUGGAGGAGCGGAAGCUGUUGGUGUUGUUCGGUAGCCAGACUGGCACGGCACAGGAUGUGGCCGAGCGGAUUGGCAGAGAAGGAGUACGUCGCCAUUUUGUAUGCCGGGUUUUGCCUUUGGAUAGUUACACAAUAGCUGACCUGAUCCAGGAGCCUCUGGUGGUGUUUGUGUGUUCCACCACAGGCCAGGGUGAACCUCCAGACAAUAUGAAGAAAUUCUGGCGGUUUAUCUUCCGACGGAAUCUUCCUGCUGCCUCUCUCUCCAUGGUGAAUAGUGCUGUCCUUGGUCUUGGAGAUUCUUCCUACCCCAAGUUCAACUUUAUUGCCAAGAAGCUGAGUAAGCGUUUGAUGCAAUUAGGAUCCAAUAAACUACUACCAGUGGGAUUGGGUGAUGACCAACAUGAUCUGGGACCAGAUGCUGUAAUUGAUCCAUGGCUAAAAGAAUUCUGGGAACACGCUUUAAGAAUCUAUCCUCUUCCGCCAGGGUUAACCAUGCUUGGUGAUGAAGUCAUAUUGCCAUCAAAGUACCGCUUUCAGUUCGAGGAGGAUGCCACCAAUGGCUUAUUAGUCAGACCUUUUGACACCAGCAGACAAGUUCCAGGUCCAUCCUCACAGCUCCACCCAUUCUCUGCCCGGAUGAUCGGCAACAAAAGGGUCACAGAUGACGACCACUUCCAGGAUGUGCGACUGAUCACCUUUGAUAUCACUGACUCCGGCAUCGAGUACUCAGCAGGGGACGUGGCAAUGAUUGAGCCUCGAAAUUCACCAGACAGCGUGGAGCAGUUCUGUCAACUCUUUGGUCUGGAUCCAUGUAAAAGUUUUAUCCUGAAGCCCAAUGAUGCAGCAACACCGCUUCCCGCUCGAUUGCCACAGCCGUGCACAAUUCAGUACCUAGUUGAGCGAUAUCUGGACAUUAACUGCGUCCCCCGACGCUCCUUCUUCGAGCUUCUAUCGUACUUCUCUCCUGAUGAGUUAGAGCAGGAGAAGCUGAAGGAAUUCAGCUCAGCCGAGGGCCAGGAAGAGUUGUACAGCUACUGCAACAGACUUCGGAGGACCACUUUGGAGGUUCUGUUCGAUUUCUCGAAGACGACAACUGCCGUCCCAGUUGAUUAUCUCCUUGACCUCAUUCCUGAAAUUCGACCACGGGCUUUUUCCAUCGCUUCUUCCCAGUUGGCUCACCCCGGACAGAUUCAGAUUCUGAUGGCAGUUGUUCAGUACAAGACCAAGUUGAAGAAGCCUCGCCGUGGUGUGUGUUCCAGUUGGCUGGCAUCCCAGAACCCACAGCAGGGUGAUGUGUAUGUGCCACUGUGGGUGAAGAAGGGGAUGCUGCAGUUUCCUACAGAUACUGAAACACCCAUUAUCAUGGUCGGACCAGGCACAGGGGUGGCACCAUUCCGAGCAGCAAUACAAGAACGUGUUGCAAAAGGGAGAAAAGGCAACUACCUGUUCUUUGGCUGCCGUGGGAAAUCAAAGGAUUUCUUCUGUCAAGCUGAGUGGGAGGAUCUGCAGCACAAGGGCUUGCUGAGCCUCUUCACAGCUUUCUCUCGGGAUCAGGAUCAUAAAAUAUACGUCCAGCAUCGUAUAAAGGAGAAUGGAGCUGUGGUUUGGGACUUGAUCGGGAGCAAAAAGGCAUGCUUCUACAUUGCAGGCAAUGCCAAGAUGAUGCCAGCACAGGUCACCGAUUCCUUGAAGUCUGUUUUCCAGUCAGAGGGAGGCCUUUCUGACGCUGAAUCUGAGCACCUCCUUGUGGAACUGGAACAAGGCAAAAGGUUCCAGACGGAGACCUGGUCGUGAAGUCACGUACCCGGGCUCGGAGCCCAGACCGCAGGACGUGCCUUCUGCAAUGGGGUGUCAGUGAGUGCUGUCUGAUCACGGAUCACUCAACUGUGGGUUAGGAGCUCUUCCCUGCUUCUUCCACCCGAUCGCUCACUGCUGAAGUGAAAGAGAUUGCACGUUGCGAUAUAAUUUAUCAAACAGAAGCAUUUCCCAUGAGAUGACUGGUCCGUCAGAACACACUAAAUGUGACUGUUCAGUGAAAUAACUUGGAUAAAGGCAGCAAUAGGCUGCUGAACAGUCUCUGCCUUGCUUGUGAUGUUGUGCUGAGCAUGAUCACAGGCUCUGAGGCCACAGCUGCGUGAAGUAACCUGAUGGAGCUGAGAACUUUUGCGCCCCGCUCAUACUUCACAGGGGUCAUUGAGGGAAGCAGGCCUUCAGCCCAAUUCAUCCGUGCUGUCCAAGGUGACUUCCUGAGCUAGUCCCAUUUGCCUGUUCUUAGCCCAUUUGCCUCUAAAUCUUUUCCAUCCAUGUGCCUGUCUCAAUGCCUUUUAAACAUGAUUCCCUUCUCAAGAUGGUGCUUGAGAGUGGUGACUGAGGUGAGCUGCUCUCAGUAGAUCCACUCAUUUCAUUGUAAUUAUACCUGCUUCUGCCUCUUCUUCCACAUGCCCACCACCCUCUGUGUGAAAAAUAUACCCCUCAGGUCCCCUUUCAAAUCUUUCCCCUCUCACCUUAAACCUAUGCCUUCCAGUUUUACACUCUCCCCACUGGGGAAAGGACUGUGAUUAUUUAUCCUUUCUCUGUGCCCCGUAAUUUUGUAAGCCCUGAAAAGGUCACCCCUCAGUCUCCUUCGCUUCAGGGAGCUCCAGGGAGAACAGCCUCAGCCUAUCCAAUCUCUCCUUAUCACUCAAGCUGUCCUGUCCUGGCAACAUCCUAGUGAAUCUUUCCUGCACCCUUUCUUGCUUAAUAACAACCUUCAUCUUGCACGGUGACCAAACUGCAGUAUUCCAAGUGCGGUGUCAAUAACAUCUUGUACAGAUGUAACAUGAUGUCCCAACUCCUGGAAUCAAUAUCCCGACCAAUGAGAGCAAGCAAGGAUGUCAUACAGGUGUUGUAUAAGCUGCAAUAGCGUUACUGUCCUUGCUUACUGGUCUUCCCUCUAGUCCUCUACCUCCCAGUCUUCCCCAUCUCACAAUAUGACAUUACUUCAGGUGAGAAUGGAGUUAGACCGUGGCUUAUCUUCUCCAUAACCACUUUGUUGUCCUGCCUGGAAUAGAUUUGAGGCUGUCACAGUGACAUGGCUGAUGGAGCAGCUGUUUCACAGCUCUAGAGACCUCUGUUCAGACCUGACUUGGGCUGCUCUUUGCACGUUCUCCUGGUGACUACAUGGAUUUUGCCCAGGUACUCCGUUUUCCUCCACAGCCCAAAGGCAAGCAGGUUGGAAGGUUAAUUGCCCUGGAUGUAAUUGCCCCUAGGUUUGAACCUAGGGGUAGAUAUUGAAAAUAAAAUGGGAUUAAUGUAGCAUUGAUGUCAAAGUCAAGUUCAUUGUCAUAUGCACUAACGCAAUGAAAACUUACUGCAGCAUCACAGGUACAUAACAUCUUAUAAGCAGCAUUCACAAGAAAAACAAACUAAACACAAAUUAUACACUUUUUACAAGAAAGAACACAAAAUCAAGAAAACUUGAAGUCCAUUUUAGUACAAAGUGUUUAAAGAGAUUUCAGUAUUGCUAAACUGUAGUGAUUACUGUUGUGCAAGUUGAUUCAAGUACCCAAUUGUUGAAGGGAAGUAGCUGUUCUUGAAUCGGAUGGUGUGUGACCUCAGGCUUCUGUACCUCCUGCCUGGUGAUAGUUGUGAGAUGUAAAUGGGUGGUUGGUAUGGACUCAAUGGGCUGAAGGGCCUAUAUUCCUUUUGAAACUAUAUAUGACUGUUUGGUAACUGAACACCAGUUGCCAAAUAGAAAAUUAUGAAUUACUCACAGGCACCAUACAAAAAUAUUUCUCCUCCUCAUCUCAGUUUAAAUGGCCUUAGCGGUACCCAAACCUAACCCCAAGUUCCAGAUUCUAGUGGAAGUAACGGCUCAAUAACUAUCCCAGAAUUGUGCAUGUCUCAAUGGCGUUAGCUCGUGUUGAUCUAACCUCCAGUUUAUACAGGCCCAUCUUGUUCCAUAUCUCCUCAUUCUGGGAAUUGCUGCAAUAUAUCAGGAUCCAUGUAAACUUGAAUUAAAGAAAAAGAUGAGAACAGAGAGAGCAAAAUCACUCCAGAAAUGUUUCUCUUCUCUAUACUCAUUUCCUGUGCGAGUCUGGGAUCCAUUCAACAAACCUUAAGAAUCUGGUGUAUAUAAUCAAACUAGUGAAAUUAAUAAAUUAAAAUAAGAUAGUUGGUUGCUGUCUCUAGGGGAAGCUGUAUCCUUGCUUCCCUAACUUGAUGAAAUAACAUUUAAUUGCCAGCCUUGUGACAAAGGCACAAGGACCAUUGUAAAGGAGGAAAACAAAACCUCCAUCCACCUCCCCAAACUAAGAUGAAAAAAUCUUUGAAUGAUACGGUGCAGGUUGCAUGAUAUUGGGAGAUGGGUGUGUGUUUUGUAGAUGUACUGAACAUAGUAAUUGAAAUGGAUGAUAAAUCUUAAUUGAACGGCAGAUCACAGACACACUUACUCACUAGACAACAGCACAACGUGGGAUGGUUAAUGUGGCUGAGGAGGGUGAGGCUGCUAUUGAUGUCAUAAGGCACUUUGAGAAACUGUCAUAUGUGAGAUUGAUUGAAAUUGAUGAAAUGGAGGCAGCACAGGAUUUGUUUUCUUAUGUUGCUAGGGAAUGCAGGAACUUGCAUCAACUGAAAUCUGUUUUAAACAUUUCCAGAAGAGGAAGUUUAAUUAUUAAAAAUGCAACAUGAUGAGUAACCACAUGAAUGAGAGGUGGAGAUUUGGUAAAAGCACUCGGAUGUCACGGACCUUAUAAAAACAGUCAUAGCUAAGUGUGACCCCACAAAAUCAUUCAAAGUCUUCCCAAAUCAGAAGCCCCGGAUGAACCAUGAGAUUCUCAAUCUGGUCAGAGGCAUUCAAGUCUGGCAACCAAGGAAAUUACAAGAGGUCAAGGCAUGAUCUCUGUAAAGCCAUCUUCAAAGUUCAAUGUAAAAUUUAUCAUGAGUUCAUACAUGUCACCACAUACAACCCUGAAAUUCUUUAUCUGUAGGCAUACUUAGCAAAUCUAUAUUCUGUAAACAGAAUCAAUGGACAACAAAUUGUGCAAAUGCAGAUAUAAAUAAAUAGCAAUAAAUAACAAGCAUGAAAUCACAAGAUAAAAGAAUCCUUAAAUGAGUGUAGUUAUCCCCUUUUGUUCAAGAGCCUGAUGGUUGAGGGGUAGUAACUGUUCUUGAAGCUGGUGGUGCGAGUCCUGAGGCACCUGUACCUUCUACCUGAUGGCAGCAGCAAGAAAAGAGCAUGGCCUGGGUGAUGAGGAUCUUUGAUGAUGGAUGCUGCUUUUCUACGACAGUGUUUCGUGUAGAUGUCUUCAAUGGUUGAGAGGGUUUUAUCUGUGAUGUACUGGGCUGAAUCCACUGCCUUUUGUAGGAUUUUCCAGUGAAAGACAUUGGUGUUCCCGUACCAGGCCAUAAUGCAGCAGCACACUUUCCACCACACACCUAUAGAAGUUUGCCAAGGUUUUUGAUGACAUACUGAAUCUCCGCAGACUCCUGAGGAAGUAGAGAUGCUGUUGUCCUUUCUUUGCUAUUAUAUUUCCAGGGCAGGUCGUCUGAGAUAGUGACACACAGGAAUUCCAAAUUACUGGCCCUCUCCAUCUCUGUUCCUCCAAUGAUUACUGGCUCAUGGACCUCUGGUUUCCUUCUCCUGAAGUCUACACUUCUUGGUGGACAAAGUGGCAUUUCCAGACUAAACUUGAAUUACUGAAUGAUGCUCGGCAGCUGUGGCAAAGCGUGAUUGCUAUCACCUCUUACAAAGUGAAACCAAACAACAUAGGUGACAACGGGGCUUUGUUUUUAAAUUAUCUCAAUGCCUUCUUUGCUCACUUUAACUGUCAAAAUAUGGAGGAACUUUCAUGAACUCCCACAGCCCCCUAUGAUCCUGUGAUCUCAAGUCUCCGAGGCUGAUAUGAGAGUGUUCUUGAGGAGAGUGAACUCAUGACAAGCACCUGGGCCAGAUGAGUUACUUGGCCAAGUAUUAAAGACCUGUGCUGAUCAACUGGCCAGAGUGUUCACAGAUCUUUAACCUCUCACUUUGGAAGACUGAGGUACCCAUGUGUUUCAAGCAGGCUUCAAUUAUACCGGUGCCUAAGAAGAACGUGGUAACCUGCCACAAUGACUAUCAUCCGGUAGCACUUGCAUUCACUGAGAUGAAGUAUUUUGAAACAUAUCAACUGUCUGAGAAGCGACUUGAAUCCUCCAAUUUGUCUAUGGAGCAACAAGUCCGCAACAGAUGCCAUAUCAUUGGCCCUUUGCUCAACCCUGGAACAUCAGGACAGCAAAGAUGCAGACAUCAGGAUGUUCUUUAUCGACUACAGCUCGGCAUUCAAUACCACCAUCCCCUCAAAACUAAUCAAUAAGCUUCAAGACCUUGCCCGUAAUACUUUCUUGUGCAAUUGGAUCCUCAAUUUCCUCACUUGCAGACACUAGUCAGUUCAGAUUGGCAACAUCUCCUCCACAGUCUCCAUUAACACAGAUACACCACAAGGCUGUGUACUUAGACCCCUGCUCUACUCGUUUUACACUUAUGACUGUCUGGUUAAGCACAGCUCCAGUGCUAUUUUUAAGUUUGCUGAAGACACCACUGUCUUCAGUUGAAUCUAAGGUGGUGAUGAAUCAGCAUAUAGGAGGGAGAUUGAAAAUCUGGCUGAGUGAUGCCACAACAACCUCUUAAUGUCAGCAAGACCAACGAGGUGAUUAUUGUGUUCAGGAGGAGAAAACCGGUGGUCCAUGAGCCAGUCCUCGUAGGGUCAGCAACCUUAAUUUCCUCUGCGUUAUCAUUUCAGGGGACCUGUCCUGGGCCCAGCACGCCAGUGCAAUUACGAAGAGAGAGUGGCAGUGCCUCUUCUUCCUUAGGAGUUCGUGAAGGUUCAGCGUGACAUCUAAAACUUUGACAAAUUUCUAUAGAUAUGUA